CUCCGAGACGCACGCAUGCGUUGCGCUGCGAGCCAAAACGGACAUUGACAGAGUCAAAUUAACAUUUAUUUUACAAAUAUUAAUUAAAAACCAUUAAACAAAUACAGUGUGCCUGUGAAUUAACAAGGAGUAAAGUGUUCAAGUUCGAAAUUAAUAAAAAUAAAAUAGUUAUACAAAAAUCGAUUGUAAAAAGCGACUUUUCUUUAUUUUCUGGUCGGUUUUCUCGUUGUAAACCGUCUUGGAGGUAUCGUGGGUGUUGUAAGAUUUGCAACAAGUGCAGUUGGCUAGUGUCGUGAACAGGUUUUCGGGGACCGUUGGGUUUUUUGUUGUUUAUGUACAUUUAGGUGUGUUGUUUUGCGAGUUGCGAGUGUGUGCGGUGAGCGGACGCCCGGCGAUGCUGCAAUCCCGUGCAAGAGGCUCAGGCUAACCUGUCAUCUUUGCAUGAUAUCAGACUCGGCGGUGGUGUUCGGGCUGGUUUGCCGAAUGAUGUGUGGAUCGAGGCACCCGACAUGGCUGCGCUCUCCUGCUACCAGCCGUGCCGGUCGCACCUCGCGCAGCCCGCUAGGUGCCUAGACGACGAGGAGGAGCGGCUGGCGUCGGCGACCCUCUCCCUGCGGCGUCGCCAGUUCGUGGAGAGAUGCCGCGAGCCGCGCCCGCGCCCCGCCAUACCUGAAGUCUCCGUCAAGCGGACGCGCGAAGAGCUAGCGAAGCAUGCGGCACAAAACCCGGUGAACCGCCGGCUCAAUGUUGAGUCGGGCUGGUCCAAGGUCGAGGAAGUGAGGAAGAAGUUCGAGAGAGCAGCGGCUGAACCCUCGUACUCCAGGUCCUUCGAGUCGCCGCCCAGACGGCGUCUAGCAGACUCCCUGUUCGCGAGCUUCAAGCUUCCCCGCAAGAAGGACGCCAUGCUGGCGCCGCGCGCCCCCGCGCAGCAGAAGCGCAAGAGCGCCGUCGAAAUGUUGGCUGAAUCUAAGGCGUUCUACGUCAAGUCUGAGACUGUUCUAGACCGAAAGCAGGAGCUGCCUCUUAGGGUAAGCAGCGGUUUGGGGCAAGCUAUCGCUGCUGGUGGCUGCCAUCUGGUCAGCUCCAGUACGCUCAACAAUGACUGCUGCAAUCCCUACGCCACGACGGGUCGCGUUACAAGUACGCGCAGAACCGUCGGCGCGGGGGAGGGGCUCCAGAGCACACUCAGAAGGCUGCUGGGACAUGCUGACAGUAGGGAGAAUAUGUAUCCCCCGCAUUAUACAACGCACAAAAUCUACGCAGAGCCGAGACGCCUGAAGGACUACCCCGGGGACAGGCCCCCGGGCACGCUGUCCGGGACCUCCUCGUCCGGGUCCGGGUCCAAGCCGAACGACAAGAGACCCCUCAGCUUCGACGCGAGGGUGUUCUUCCCCGAGUCGUUUGUUAUACCGCGACAGCAGGUGCGACUUAAGAGCACCUACUCUAUACCAAGUUCCGCAUCCAGCCCCGAGAACAUUGAGUUACCUGAACCCAUUUUAAGCGCCGAAGGUUCACCGGCAGCCGGACCCAUUGUCGCCAUAAGUCCCCCGGCGCAGUACGCUCAUUCUGCUCCUAGAUACAUCAGAUCGAAUUCGCACUCUCAACCGAGCAUGCGCGAAGAAGAUGGAUGCACGAACAUAAACAGUCACAAGUCAUUGCCGGACCUCCAUACACAAGCGCGGGGCUACCACGACCAUGCGGUAAGCGGCACGGACACCGUCGGCCGCUCGCCGCGCCGGCGCCGCCACUCCACGCACCAGAGGACUGCGUCCUGCUCUUCCAAAGGCACCAGGUCUAACCAUUCUUCGCUAAUGUCGAGCGAGGCAUUUUCGGAGCACCCCUCGCCCGGUGAAGAAAACUAUCAGUCUUACAAUAGCCGCUGCGGCUCGUCGUUCGCGCGCGACUCGGGCGGCUCGUCGGGGCACUACACGCAGCACAGCGCGCCGCCCGCGCCCCGCGACCCGCGCGACUCGGGCUGCUCCACCACCGACCGCUACGGCGGUUACUACGGCUCGUGGGCGGGACUAGAAGAGUGCUACGUGUCCGCGCCGCCGCAGUUCCAAGACGGCGCGCCGUCGCCGCCGCACGCGCCGCCGCCGCCGCUUUAUCCUCCACGGGUGGGCAUACACUUCCAGGCGAGCGCGCCACCCCCUCAGUUCCAAGACGAGCCUCCUUUAUAUAACGACUACGACUGUGCCACCUACAAACCGCCCGCCAAGUGCCACGGACGGAAGGAAUACGCCUCUAGAGAACGAGACUACAAUAGGUACCACGAGAGCGGCGCUGAGCCCAUCAGUAAACAGCCGCAGUACGCGGAGCGGCGCGCGCGCGUCGAUGACCCACAGGAAUAUGUUAAUACCACCCAGAUGUGUCCCCCCGAGGAUGUAACGUCUCCGCUGGGAACGUUCAAACGUCAGCGCUGUCUGCGGUACAAGCAGCGGCGCCCGAGACCCAUACUAAGGUCCAAAUCCGACAUCUCCGACAGGUACCGGCGCAGCGACGGGCGCAGCCCCGCCUCGGCGCCAUGCGAGGACGACUCCCCCGACAGCCCCUCCGAGGGCUCCGCGCUACAACAGUUCUUCGAGAGGCUUGGCUUAGAACCCCGACAAUAUGACGCCCUGUUACGAGACGCUUUGCCUGACAGUCCUGUGUUCUUUUCCUCCGCGUCGACUGUGGAUUCUAAUCAGCUGGCUAAUGCUGCGGAUUAUACUGUCCAAGGUCCCGGUGUCCAAAAGCCGAUCUACCGCAACACUGAACCGCCAAGUGUGGUGGAACGGAACGCGCGCAUCAUCAAAUGGUUGUGUCAGUGCCGCAAGACGCAGAUGCAGACGCCGCAAUGAAGACGCGC